UGCAGUUGGCUAGCUGCUGUUGGCGAGGAUUGCUCGUUACGUACCGCGAGACCUGAUCACGGCGGGAUCAUUUUCCUAAUGGUGGGCUAGGACCUUUGCCCUUCAGCUCAUAGCCUUCUGCGUUUAGUGAAUUGUGAAGCCCUCAGGCGUGCGUGUGUUUGUGUGAUUGUUAGUGCAUACGAAAGCCUACGAGUUAAAUCGGUGUUGGGUACGAUUCAAUACGACUUCCGGUAGCACGGUUCGACUACGACAAUGGCGACGGAAAUGGAAAAUAUGGUGGAGCACAUGAGACGGUUCGCGUGGCCAGAUUACCUGGUAUUUGUGUCGAUGCUACUUCUGUGCAUCCUGAUCGGUGUCUACUUUGGUUUCGUGCAGCGCAAACCCAACACCGAGGCCGAAUACCUGAUGGGUGGCCGAACGAUGCUGGUGUUCCCGAUCGCGCUUUCGCUGAUCGCAAGUUUCAUCUCCGGCAUCACGCUGCUUGGGCUUCCGACGGAAGUGUACUCCUUCGGGAUACAGUACGUAUAUGUGGCGCUUGGCGUGACACUAAUGGGUAUCGUGAUGGGCUACAUCUAUCUGCCCGUGUUUCACAAACUUAACAUCACAUCGACGUACGAGUAUCUGGAAACUCGUUUCGAUCGUCGAUUACGCAUGUUUGGCUCGAUCAUGUUCACCAUAAUGAAUAUUGGUUACCUACCGAUCGUAAUCUACGUUCCAGCACUGGCCUUCAACCAAGUAACGGGCGUCAACAUUCACGUCAUUACUCCCAUCGUCUGUAUCGUGUGUGUGUUUUACACUUGUGUGGGUGGACUAAAGGCCGUAGUGUGGACCGAUGUUGUGCAGACCUUCUCAAUGUUUGGUGCACUGGUGCUGGUCGCCGUCAAAGGAACCAUCGAUCUCGGUGGAUCCAGCGUCGUUUUCAACCGCGCAUGGGAUACCGGGCGUUUGGAGCGUCCCAAUUUCGACUUUAAUCCAACAACUCGGCACACCUUCUGGUCGCAGCUGAUCGGUGGCUUCGUGUACUGGCUGCAGACGAAUGCGGUCAGUCAAAACAUGAUUCAACGUUACCUAUCUCUGCCAUCAGUGGCAGCUGGCCGACGUGCGCUGUGGAUCUUCGUGUUCGGUGUUUGCCUAUUGAUGUCUCUUUGCAGUUACUGUGGGCUACUCAUCUACGCCACCUAUCAAGACUGUGAUCCACUCACCACGAAGCUUGCACGUGCCAAGGAUCAACUUUUGCCUCUAUUCGUAAUGGACAUACUGCGAGACAUGCCCGGUCUUUCGGGAUUGUUCGUGGCCGGAGUAUUUAGUGCUGCCCUUAGUUCCCUCUCCACUUGUCUCAACUCUAUGUCGGCGGUAAUAUUAGAGGAUUUCGUGAAACCUUUCGUCAAGAAGCCACUCUCCCCGCGGGCUAUCAACUGGAUCAUGCGAUCGGUGGUCGUAGGAGUUGGAGCCCUCUGUGCUGCGCUCGUGUUUGUGGUGGAAAAAAUGGGAACCGUACUGCAGCUCACCAUGAGCCUAGAAGCGAUCACCAAUGGUCCACUGUUGGGUACGUUUACAAUAGGAAUUCUCAUCCCAUGGGUCGGUUCCGGGUGUGCACUUGUUGGAGGCAUUAUUGGAGUGAUAUUCAUGUCCUGGUUAAGCCUGAAGGCCCAGUACUGGGUCGCUACUGGUACGAUCGUGUUUCCUCACAAACCGAUGUCGGUCGAAGGUUGUUCCUACGAUUUCGAUCACUCAUUGCUCAACGUAACCAGCACCAGCAUGUACACGACCGAUGAUAUCUUUCCAUUGUUCCGAGUGUCCUACAUGUGGUACACAUUCCUCGGUGCGGGUGUCACCAUAUUCGUCUCGUUGCUCUCUACCAUGCUCAUCUACGGUCGCAACGAUCCGAAGAGCAUCCCUCCGGAACUGCUGGCAGGGUUCGUGAGCCGGUACGUGCACGGUAGCGGCAACAGUGCGACUAAAACUAGCACGGUGCAGCAAAGACUGCCAUCGUCUAUGGCCGGCCGUACCAAUGGGAAAACUCAACACGAAUCUGCAUUAUAA